AUGUUCGAAUUAACUAGUCGAAUGAUGAUGUGUCAGAAUCAAGAACCCAGGAAAGGAACUCCAUGGACAGCGAGUAAAAAACACUUUCGUGAAAGUGAAGAAUGGAGGAAGAAGAAAAGACGAGUUUACGCCAAAAUGAAAGCUAUGGGGCGAAUAAAUUUGGCCUUAAUUAUGACCAAAUUGCCUUUAAAACAACGAUUGGACAAGCGAAGUUAUGAUUUUUUCGGUUUAAUUCUGUUUCUUGUUAGUCAUAUGAAGGAUCAUUUUUAG